UUCCUCCUUUGUUUCCUUGAUGGAGUAUUCUUGAGAAGAUUUCAAUAAUAUCUUGUUGCACCAUAGGUAAGAAUCAUGUCCUGCUUUCUCAGUAGGUGGUGGCAGAGAGGAGAUGAUAAUGUGAAUUGUUUCCAUUCCAGUGGCCAUUUCGAGUAGCAAACUUUACUGUUGGAUCAAGCGAUAUGCGAAAAUGUUUUGGCCCUUCAAAACUGGUAACUGAUAUUAACAGACCUAAGUCGGACCAAUAAUCAUGCCAGAAGGAUGCUCACUCGUGGGACGGUCAUUUUCUAUAUUUCUUUCAAGGGUUUGGCUUUUUCUCGAAUAAGAAAACAAGAAGCAAUUUAAGCACGUGUCAAUAAUACUACAUAGAUGAACUCUGAAAACGAUUGGUAACGCGGACUCCAACUAAAAAUACUUAAAUGUUUCUAUAUCUCCAUAUAAAAUUAACUAAAUUUAUUCCAAUAAUGGGGAGCUUCUAGCCUUCUACUACCUAUUUUUGGUCCAGCAAUGCUCUGUAGCGUGGCCAUAGAUGAGGCUUGACUAUAGCUUCUACUGUCUCAUGGUACUCUGAAGCAAUUACCACAUCUUGGAUUCUCAAAUCUCUACUCUGCAUCGCCCAUAUUACACCACGCAACUCUGCCACUAAGCGAUUAGACAACCGCGUAAAUUAUAUUAACUUUUGUAUAUGUAUUGUUAAGUGAAUAUGUUCAUAUUACCCUUUGCAUUACUAUUAGUGAUUAUAAAAAUGAAAAUUAUUUAUCAUCUAUUAAAACUUAGCCAACAAUAAAAAAUAUGCAGAACACAAAUAAAAUAAUAGUUUUGUAUUAAAAAUUGAAAACAUCAUUAAAAGACACAAAAAUUCCUUAAAACAUCACUUAAUAUAAGACGAAGGGAGUAUGAGAGUUAAGAUUCGUAAAUCCUUGAACAAUUGAAUUUUUACACUAAAUUUUGGUAGGACUUGAGCACAGGUAAAUGGUUUUAGUAAAAAAACUAAUAGAAAUGUCUACAUUGAAAAUUACCUUUAGGUCCUUUACUGUUUAAAAAGUAUCAUUCGUAAAAUAUCAAAGAAUAUAAUUAUAUAAAACCAAAAAAAAAAAGAGAGGGCUAUUAAUAGACUAUACAUACUAGACAUACUCAUUGAAGACACCAUCUAAAACUAUCCUGGCUGAUGAUCUUCUCCUAUCUUAAGACGUGGUGAUAUUGUAGUAGGCCGGGCUGAGAGAAACUAUGGGGGGAGCGACGUGGUUCGAAGCAGACGGGACAAAGAGAGGAAAAUGGUCGGAAGAGGAAGACCAGAAACUCGUCGCCUAUAUCGACGAAUACGGCAUCGGUGACUGGCGUUUUGUCCCUCACAGAACUGGCUUGCUGAGAUGUGGAAAGAGCUGCAGAUUAAGGUGGUUUAACUAUCUAAGGCCUGAGGUCAAGAAAGGCAAAUUAACUCCUCGCGAAGAACAAGAUAUUGUCAAUUUCCAUUCGGUUUUCGGGAACAGGUGGGCAGUCAUAGCGCAGUAUAUGCCGGGUCGAUCAGACAACGACAUUAAGAACCAUUGGAACUCUUGUCUAAAAAAGAGACUCAAGAGGAACGGAAUCGACCCAAUGACCCACCAGCCAAUCAUCAACCUCGCCGUCAAAACACCAUCGUUCAACACAGAUUGCGGCAGCUCUUCCUCCUUGACGGCUAGUCCAUCUUCUUCUUCCUCCUCAUUAUCCGGCUCGGCCCGUCUCCUUAAUAAGAUCGCCACUAGUAUCUCAUCUAGACAACAAGGCGUCGAAAGGAUAAAGGACAUAAUGUCGGAUCCGAGAAUCACAUGCAUAAAUGGUCAAGCAAAAGAACUUGAAGAGUCGAAGAAGGAUCAUGGGAAGAUUUUAGCUAGUAGUGAUGAUCAAGAAGAUGACUUUCUGAUGUGGGACGAGGAGAAAGUGAGGCGUUUCAUGGAGGAGAUUGGUGUAAUGGAUUUAGAGACGAAUGGAGUCUAUUAACUCUAGUUCAUCACCACCGUAGGGUGUUUAUGAGACUGGCCUACUUUAGAUCAUCUUUUUUAAUGAAUGUGGUUUAAUUACUAUGUGAUAUAUUUAUGUUCCUCUUAUUAUUCUAUUUGGCUAUUUGCACGUUGUGACAAAAAAUAAUAUUUUUUAGCAAAAGAAAAAAAAGACAGAAUAAUAUUCAUGUACCGACCAAGAGAAUAUUCUUAGAAGAUAAUUAACCCAAACCUAGUAACGGGUUCUUAGCUUUUGUUAAGAGAAGGUUCUUAGUUUUUCUUAGAUUUUAAUUAAGAAAAGCUAAGAACCAUUUUUUAAAUAAGAGAUAUAAGAGCCGUAUCUUAGCCAAAAAGUGUUAAAAAAAAGUGCAAAUCAUGAGUUAAGAACCCCAACUAAGAGAGUGGGGUUAAUCAUGCCCUUAAUGUCACGUGGUGGGA